AUGCACGUGGCAGCCAGGAGCUCCUCCUGGAGGCUGGGGCCUGACAGUAGCAAGCGGAAGAGCAAGGGUGUGAGCGGCGAGGCCGCCUGGCGGGAGGGCCUCUGUGGCGGGGACGUGUGUGACGUUGACCGGCGCCGUGGAGAGACCGGCGAGACCCAGGCUCCGGUGUGCCCGACCCUUGGCCAGGGCGUGGCGGGAAGAAGCCGUCAGGGGGAGCGGCGGGAACACCCCGGCUCCAUCCCGCUGGGAAGCCAGGUGAGCCUGGGAACCCGGGAAAAGAGGCCGGAGUCCCUGCCGGGGAAACGGCAAAGGGUGGCGGCUGUGGAAGACGAGCGUGGAGCCAUGGGAGAGCCCCAGCUCGCUGCGGGGGAGCCCAGAGGAGACUCCGCCCAAGAGGCGCGAGAGGUCGGCCAGAGCCCGGGCGGCAGGCUGGGCUCUGCCUCCCGCCAGGGCCUCGGAGGAGUGCAGGGGGCCCCGGGGGUCUCCCAGGUGCCUGCACCCCAGCUCUCGGGAGACUCUGCCGAGGAGACGGGGGAGGUCUGCCAGGGCCCCGGGGCACCGGGCGGGCUGCGCUCUGCGUCCCGCCGGCCCCUCCGAGGGGUGCAGGGCGGCGAUGACAUGGCGGCCUCGGGGGGCUCGGCAGGGUCAGGGCCCCAGUCCAGGGGAUACUCCUCCGAAGAGACCGGGGAGGUCUGCCAGGUCCCCGGGGCACCGGGCCGGCUGCGCUCUGCGUCCCGCCGGCCCCUCCGAGGGGUGCAGGGCGGUGACGAGAUGGCCUCGGGGGGCUCGGCAGGGUCAGGGCCCCAGUCCAGGGGAUACUCCUCCGAAGAGACCGGGGAGGUCUGCCAGGUCCCUGGGGCACCGUGCGGGCUGCCCUCUGCGUCCCGCCGGCCCCUCUGA